CAUCUUCCACCACCCACCACUAAAAAACAAAGAAGAUACAUAUUUUCUUUCCUGAAAGUUUAAUUUUUUCCAAAGAGCCAUAGCCAUGUCUUGACCGGAGAGACGACUUAGUUCAACUUUUAUGGCUUCGUUUUUCUAUUUAACGGAGCCAAACAUUGUCUCUUAAAUCAUAUCUCUGCACCAUUUUAUGAAUGGAGUCAUUUCGUAUCAACUCGCUUAUCUUUCUGCACCUACUACUUCUCUCAUUUUGUCUUGUUUUUGAGUUUUUCUCGAUUAACUGCAAUGCUCUUGGUCAAUGCCUCCAGACAGAGAGCUCAAUGCUUCUCCAGCUGAAGCGAGGCUUUACUUCUGGUGACCUUGAUACAUGGAAUCUAAGCACGAAUUGUUGUAUCUGGGAGGGCGUGACAUGCGAUGAAUCAUCAGGACGAGUCAUAAGCAUUAACCUAAGAGCUCAAUCCAUUGGUGAGUGCUUCAAUAACUUUAAGUCAAUGAUGAUAGAUAAAAUUGACACAGUACGAGAUAUUACAGUUUUUACAUUAAACCAAGAGUAUUAUUUGGGUUUUCUCACCAUCAUGAACAAGGGGCAACAAAUGACGAUAUCAAAGUCAUGGAAGAUCAUUAUUUCAAUAGAUUUUUCCAACAAUUUAUUUGAAGGAGAGAUUCCUAUAACCAUUGGCCAACUUACUUCUCUUCAAGUGCUCAACAUAUCACAUAACUAUUUAACGGGUACAAUUAUUCCACAACUUGGGAAUUUAAAACAGCUCGAGUCAUUGGACCUCUCAAUGAAUAGCCUUUCUGGUAAGAUCCCACAAGAGUUGGCUUCUUUAUGUUUCUUGGAAUAUUUAAACCUCUCCUACAAUAAGCUGGUAGGAAACAUUCCAGUUGGAGGUCAAUUCUCCACUUUUACGAACACUUCAUUUGAAGGAAAUAACGGAUUAUGCUUACUUCCAUGCAACAAAUCAGUUCCAAGACUGAAGAAUACUACAACAUCACUAGAAUUAGGCAACCGAGAUCCAAAGAAUAGAAGUUAUAUGAUUAUACUGGGAAUACUAUUUGGUGUCGGAUUUGGAGGUUCAAUGGCAAUAGUUGUUGUGUUUGAUGUCAUGUGCUGUGAUAGAAGCAUGAGGAGGAGAAUCAGGAGACCUAUUGAUGGAUAAUUUGCAUUAAAGCCUCUUUGUAAAAGCAUUAUGCUAAUUAGCCAAGCUGGCAUUCAUCUCAAUUACAUGGGAUGUACAUAAUAUUGAAGACCUUUAUAUUUAUUGAAAUGCAGGUUACAUUUUACAUAGUUUUAUUUUA